AUGGCAACCUCUCUUACCGAAACCGCUCCCACCGUGGACAGCAAGGUCUCCCUUCAGGGCACCGCGCGAGAGCCACUCAAGCCCAGCGGGGUUUUGGAUGCGUUCGAGUCCUUCGAAGUGACUCCCAUCAUCGGCCGGGAGUAUCCCAACGCGAGCCUGAAGGAUUUCCUCCGCGCCCCCAACUCGGAUGACCUGUUGCGCGACCUGGCCAUCACCAUCUCCCAGCGGGGAGUGGUGUUCUUCCGAAAGCAGGACGGCCUCGACGACGACCUGCAGAAGGAGCUCAUCCAACGUCUCGGAGAGCUGUCCGGCAAGCCCAGCACGUCCGGGCUGCAUAUCCACCCGAUUGCGAACUCCGAGCGCGAGCACAGUGUCAAAGACAACGAGAUCAGUAUCAUUAGCUCGAAGCAGCGACAGACGCUGUACAAGGAUCGCAACACACGCCGGCAGAGCUCUCGCCGCGAGUGGCACAGCGACAUCACUUUCGAGCCUGUGCCGGCCGACUACACCAUUCUCCGCCUGACGGAGCUCCCUAAGACUGGUGGUGACACCUUGUGGGCCUCUGGAUACGAGGUGUACGACCGCAUCUCGGAGCCGUACCAGAAGUUCCUGGAGGGCCUGACUGCGACGUACGCCCAGCCGGGCUUCAACAAGGUCGCCGAGGAGAACUCCUUCAAGGUAUUCCACGGACCUCGCGGGGCUCCCGAGAACGUCGGCGAUGCGCUGAGCGCCGUGCACCCUGUCAUCCGCACGAACCCCGUCACCGGCUGGAAGAGCGUGUUCGCCGUGGGCUCGCACUGCCAGAGGGUGAACGGAGUGACCGAGGAAGAGAGCCAACAUCUGCUCAAGUGGUUUGUGACGCUCAUUGUGGAGAACCACGACCUGCAGGCGCGGCUUCGCUAUCAGAACCCGAAUGAUCUUGCCAUCUGGGACAACCGCUCCGUGUAUCACGCCGCCACCUGGGACUACGAGAAUAUUGGCCCCCGGACUGGCCACCGUGUUGUUGGUCUGGGCGAACGGCCGUAUUUCGACCCGAACAGCAAGAGCCGCCGGGACACGCUGGAGCAGGAGGCGUAG